AAACUAUAUAGAGAUGGGUAGCAUUUUUAGAAAUAUAUUACCUAUUCGUUCUUCGAAAAAGGAUGUUGAUGAUGAUGAUGAGUACAAUGUCGAGUUUUCGUUUGCCAUGGAGUACACUGGUCCUCCGGUUUCUUAUGCCAUUCCUAAGGCAGUUCCUGUUGACGUUGGUGAUAUUUCAACCGCGUCUAUUGUAUCUACGCCAGCUGAUUCUGGUAAUUUAUCGUUACCCGUUAUCUAUCCUAUUGUUAAGAAAGAGGGUAAGUUGUUUUCGCUCAAGGAAAGCCGUUUUGGGUCAGGUUUGAUAGAUAACGAUGCAUACACCCCUGGUUCACCAGAGGGAGAGAAAAGUUCGGUUUCUUUAGGAUUUUCAGAGAGCCAAGAAAAUUCUCAAGAAUUUUCCAUGAGUUCAGAUGGUGACGGUUUAGAAAACGAUUGUCAUGAGAUUGAAGAGUUGGUUGUUGCUAGUGAAGAAAAUGGAACCCGUGAUGAGGAGGAUGGAUAUGAUUAUGACACGACUCACAUGGUUACUUUUCGUGAACCAGAGUCAAGUGCUAUGGUUCAUGAGAAAAGUGAUUACAGUAUUGACCCGGAAUUGAUGCAUCAAGAAAGGCCGCAUGCUGACCCCAACGUCAAAAAAUGGUUAUGUCAUCGUUGCUUUAAGGGAAACCGGUUCACUAUUAAGGAAACUUGCAUUGUAUGUGAUGCAAAGUAUUGUAGUAAAUGUGUGUUGAGAGUGAUGGGGUCAAUGCAAGAAGGUAGAAAAUGUGUUACUUGUAUUGGGUAUCCGAUUGAUGAGUCAAAACGUGCGCGAUUAGGGAAAUGCUCAAAGGUUCUUAAGCAAGUGCUCUCGGAUUUCCAAGUUAAACAAGUAAUGCUUUUUGAAAAAUCGUGUCGAGUAAAUCAAACGCCGAGUUGGCUUGUUAUCGUAAAUGGACAACAACUUACUUCAGAAGAAGUGAUUCAAUUGCAAACGUGUGCGUACCCGCCAAAAAAACUUGUUCCGGGAAGCUAUUGGUAUGACAAGUUGUCUGGUUUAUGGGGAAAGGAGGGACAUAAGCCUUGCCAGAUUAUUACUCCAGGAUUGUCAAUUGGUGGUGCCAUAAUGGAAAAUGCUAGCAAUGGAAACACAAAAGUAAAAAUCAACAAUCGAGUGAUCACUAAAUCGGAACUCUUUAUGUUGAAGGUUGCCCGAAUCAACCACAAAGGUGGUCCUGAAUUUUGGGUAAGCCAUAAUGGAUCUUAUCAGGAAGUGGGACAAAACCAAAUGAAAGGCAAAAUAUGGGAAAAGCCAGGAGUCAAUCUGGCUUGUGCUCUAUUGUCUUUGCCAGUUCCACCCAAAUCUUUUAUCUCGUCCGAGGAAGAGAUAGUUAACAAUGGCAGUCAAUUUGGGCAGAAAAAAAACACUGAUACAAAAUUACUUACUAAAAUACUUCUAGUUGGUAAAGAUCAAUCGGGUACCAGUGCCAUCUAUAAACAGGCCAAGAUUCUUUACAAAGUUCCAUUUUCAGAAGAUGAGCGUCAACAAGUGAAGUCUUUAAUCCAGAGCAACUUGUAUCGUUAUAUUAGUAUUCUGCUCGAGGGUCUUCAACAAUUUGAAGAGGAUUAUUCAGUUCAGAUUCAAAGAAAACUAGAUGAUCAACCUGGCACUUCAGCCGCAGGAGGUUUGGUCAAAGAAGUUGAAGCAAACAUUUAUUCUUUAGGUACAAAACUGCAAAAAUUCUCUGAAUGGCUUCUUCAAGUUGUGAGAUCUGGCAAUCUGGAUGUUGUUUUUCCAGCUGCAACUCGUGAGUAUUCGGCACUAGUUGAAGAACUUUGGAAGGACAAGGCCUUUCAAGCAACUUAUGCUAGACGGAAUGAACUUCCUUCACUCCCAAUAGUAGCUGAUUAUUUUUUACCAAGGGCUGCAGAAAUUUCAAGUAUGACUUACGAGCCUUCUGAUCUAGACAUUUUGUAUGCUGAUGGCAUUACAUCUUCUAAUGGGCUUGCUUCAAUGGAGUUCUCACUUCCCACUAAUAUGACGAAUAGCUUCAUCGAGGCCACUGAGCAGAAAAAUACUCAGCUGCAAAGGUAUCAAUUGAUUCGAGUGAAUUCAAGCAACCUAGGAGACAACUGUAAAUGGCUAGACAUGUUUGAAGACAUCGAUCUUAUCAUUUACUGCGUUGACUUAACUUCCUACAACGAGUAUACCAUAGACAACAACUUAGUUCUCAAAAACAAGAUGCUAGAAAGCAAAAACACAUUUGAAAAAAUAGUCACCCAUCCAAGAUUCAAAAACAAAGCAUUCCUUUUAAUACUCAACAAGUUUGAUCUUCUUGAAAACAAGAUCAAAUCCACACCUCUUACACAAUGCGAAUGGUUUCAUGAUUUCAAGCCGUUCAUCACCAACCAUACAUAUAAUGCUACAAGUUCAAAAACCAAUAAUACCAACAAUUACAAUACUUCAACCGUAGCGCAAUAUGGUUUUCAGUACAUUGCUGCAAAGUUUAAGAAGCUUUUCAGUGAGUUGACUGGCCGAAAACUCUAUGUUUCUCCUGUGACAGGGUUAGAAGGCGAUAGUGUUGAUGCGGCUAUUAAGUAUGGGAAGGAAGUUUUGGUGUGGGUUGAUGAAGAAAAUAAACCGAUUUCUAGUAACAAUGAGUGGUCUACUGAAACUACAGAGACUACGACGGAUGGACUACAUCAGAAAUAAACCCGUUCGUUAAUUUGUUAAUUGUUAUAUAUUUUGUAUUUAAUGGUUACUGUUAUGUUAAGGAAUAGGCAAUGUGUAAAUAGCAAAAAUAGAAGAAGAUUAUGAAUAAAAUUAUAGAGAAUUACAUGGUUUUCAUCAA